AUGGCGGAAAAUUUGGAAUUUGUAAAUAAAACUUUUGAGUUUUCAAACGAAACUGUCCAAGUUAUAAAGGAUUCUUUUGGUCCAAAUGGACUAGACACUCUAGUAUCAACAACUUCUGGUACAUUGAUGUUAACUAAUGAUGGAUUUCAAGUUGUAAAAUCUCUGUCUCGGAGCAGUCCGGUUGGUAAAUUUAUAUUCCAAGGGUUAGAUUUGUUUUACAAAAACACUGGAGAUUUUUCCAAAAAGUUUAUUUUGCUUAUCAGAGAGCUGCUUGGUGAGGUUUUAACUAUCAUGUCUGAAGAUAAAACUAGAUCGAAUGAACAACUAUUGUGUAUUUCACAGGGUAUGGAUGGAUUAUUCUAUAGUAUCAUUCCUAAAGUAUUUGAUAAACUUCAAACUGUGGGAGUUAUUAAUGAAUACCCGGGGAAAAUUGAUGAUGGUAUUUCAAUUAUAAAAACUAGUAUAAGUGGAAAAUUCAGCCCAAAAACAUGUGAGAUUCUUGUCGGCCUAAUACGACAACUUCUCUUUGCUGAUGAGCUGUCAAACGACAUUGCAUAUUUAAAACAAACAACUGAUAAACUACUAGACAACUUUUCUGAUACAGUGUGGGAAGUUGCAGGGAAACUGCUAACUUCGUCAGCCGUAUUGCUAGGUAUUAUAAUCCCUCGAGAGUUCUUAACAAUGCUCAAAAAACUUCCACGCUCACCAGAGAGCAAUUUCUUUAAGUUUGUAAUCUUGGGUUCCUCGUUUGGCUACGAUCUUCCGCAAAGUAACACUGUAUUCUCAUUAAAGGACUCACAACAUGUGAACAAUGUGUUAGAAUGGAGAAGAAAGCAUAUUGAAAAUGUUGUCCAAGUGUUAGCUAAGCAUGGUGUUGAGCUGAUAAUAACGUCAGUAACACUUCAUGAAACAUUUGUUCAUAUUUGCAAUCAGUAUCACAUGGCUGCAAUACAUUUGAUACCUCAAGAAGAUAUUACAAGAAUUUCUAAUAUAUUUGGAAUAAAUCUAUUAUUUGAUCUCGAAGCAGACUUGACCUCUUUUAUAGGCGUGGCUACUUCAUGUAAACCAAUCCAAGUUGGACGACAUGUGUAUGUCCAUUUACAACCAACUAAAAUGCUUGUUAAACAGAUACUGCUUUAUGCACCAACAGAAACGCUGUGUCAUCAAUACUCAAUUGCUUUGCAAAACAUGUUAAAAAUCUUGCGAAGUUCUUUUAAGCAACGUCCAGACAAAUCAUAUGUGCUUUCUUAUGUUCUUGGUGGCGGAGCUUUUGAACUUGCACUUGCGUAUACAUUUGAAGAAUACAGAAAAGUAAAUAAACUCAAUCCGAACAUCCAAAUUGGUUGUGAAAUAUUAGAGAAAGCUUUGCUAAGUAUUCCUAGACAACUAUCAAAAAAUUCAGACUGUAGGGUAUCAAUAUUUGACUUGAAGGCUGAAACAAGGCAAGCAUUAGCUGCUGGAAAGCAAGUGUAUGGUUUAGACAGAAAUGGUGGGCUGAGUUUUGUGGGAAAUGAAGGCAUCAUAGAACCUACAAUGGGAAAUUACAUGUUGGUUUCUUCAGUCUUACUACUCUUUGUUCAAAUACUUAGAACAGAUAGAAUUGUUCAUGUCAAAACUUUACCAAGUAAGAAUGCUCAAGUCGACAGUGAUGAUUCAGAUAGUGAACUUGAUAAAUAG